AUGUCUGAAGAUGAAUCAGAUAUUCAGAUCGGCCUUUCUGAUCAAGGUGUAACUGUUGUUCGAUGCAUCUCCAUUCGUCGAGAUGGCAAGUUAAUUGCUACCAAACACCUAAUUUUAACGUUUAACAAAUUGACAUUGCCAUCUUUCAUUACUGCAGGAUAUCUGCGCUGUCCAGUCUGCCCCUACGUUCCAAAUCCGCUGCGUUGCUUCAAAUGCCAGCAGUUUGGACAUUCACAGACAGCCUGCCGAGGCAAAAGCAUAUGCGCACAGUGUGGGACAGAAGACCACGUUAGUACUGAAUGUAAAAGUAUCCCAUGCUGUGUGAACUGUAGAGAUGCCCAUUCUUUCUACCCUUGGAAAUGCCCUGCAUGGCAGAGAGAAAAAGAGGUUCAACGGUUAAAAACCAUAAAUAAUAUAUCAUACACAGAGGCCCGUCGUAUGGUCACCCCAAGUCCACCAACGAAACAAAAAACCUUUGCUGCUGUGUUGAAAUUUACAAAGACAUCUGGGGUUCAAACAGAUAUUUCUGUAUCCCCAAGUGAAUCUCUUACUCGCCAUGCAAAAUGCUUAUUGAUUUCAUCUGCACAAUCAGAAGAAAAGGAGAACACAAAGACUAAAACCUCUGUAACUAAAAUGGGAGUAACAACCAGAAAUGUGGGUUCUAAAAAAGCUAGAUUCAAUCUCUAUCGCCACAACCGUGCCAAUGGGGGAGUGGCUAUCUUGGUUUCAAACCACAUUCCAUCCUUACCGAUACAAAUAACCACUGAUUUGCAAGCUGUGGCAGUCAAAAUUUCAAUUGGCGUAACUGUCACAGUCUGUUCUAUAUACUUGCCACCAGACGUCAGAGCCAAUGAGGAUGAUUUGGACGCAUUAGUCGAACAGCUGCCAACUCCGUUCCUGUUACUCGGUGAUUUCAAUGGUCACAAUCCGAUGUGGGGCAGUUCUGACAUUAAUCGUCGAGGCAGGACCAUUGAAAGAUUCAUAGGCAAUCAGCAAAUCUAUUUAUUUAAUACGGGUGAAGUGACGUACUUUCAUGCCCCAACAAGAACAUUCACUGCCAUUUAUCUAUCAUUAGCAAGUCCAAACCUGUUUUCUGCAUUUUCAUGGGAGGUUGGAUCUAAUCCACUCUCUAGUGACCACUUCCCAAUAUUUCUAAAAUAUCGAGGCAGAGAAAGCUGUGAAACAGCUUGUCCACCACGCUGGAAACUGGAAACAGCAGAUUGGCCUGCAUUUUCCUCUUUGGCUAACAUCAUUGAGGAAAUGGUCAACACUGCUGAUAUCAAUGAUGCAGUUAAAGUUGUCACUUCUAGUAUUAUUCAGGCAGCUGAAAAAACAAUGGGGAAGACGUCAACAAGAUACCCAAAGCAUCCAAAACCAUGGUGGAACCAGAAUUGCGAGGCAGCAUUUAAAGCACAAAAGAAAGCAUGGAGGAUUUUCAGAAGAUACCCCACUGCUAAAAAUUUUAUUGCUUUUAAAAAAGCAAAGGCAAAUGCCAGAGGAAUAAGAAGGCAAAGCCAAAGGGAUUCUUGGAGGAAGUGUGUUUCUAGCAUAACGUCUUCCACUAGCUCAAAAGCAGUCUGGGAUAAAAUCCAUUAAAUUAAUGGGAAAUAUGCUUGUCACUCUCUGUCCUUGCUGGAAAAUAAUGGCACAAUAAUCAGUUAUAUACAGUGUAUUGCUGAUACAUUGGGUGAAACUUUUUCGUUGUCAUUCAGCAACAUAAUGUAUUCAAGGGAUUUUCAAGCUUACAAAGUGCAAAAGGAAAAGCAACAUUUAAACUUUUACUCCUUAUCUAAUGAGGAAUAUAAUGUGCCAUUCACUAGAAUCGAAUUACAAACAGUGAUUUCUUGCGCGGGGAAUACUGCUGUAGGCCCGGAUAAAAUCCACUACAGCAUGAUUAAAAAUCUGUCAAACAACUUUCUUUGUAAUCUCCUGUGUCUGUUUAACAGAAUAUGGACAGAAAAUACUUUCCCUGACUCUUGGAGACUAUCAAUUAUUAUCCCUAUUCCAAAACCCAGUAAAGACCGCAAGAAUCUUUCUAAUUACAGACCAAUCUCUCUGACAAGUUGUUUGUGUAAACUCUUUGAGAGGAUGGUAAACAGACGUUUGAUGUUUCUCCUAGAGGAAAAGAACUACUUUUCACCACAUCAGAGUGGAUUUCGUAGGAAC